UUCUCAAACAUUCAAAAAUACGAUCAUCCUGCAACAAGUUGUAAAUAGUUGAUCAGAAAAUAUAAAAAUGUGUUCUAAAUCCCUAGGACCAACUCUCCAGCCAAUGUAUGUUUUGGAAGAAUCAUUCUACCCCGACACAUGGCGAGACGACUCAAGGAUGGGCGUACUCCUUUGCGAGUUCCGCACUCGAUCCGUCAAUCCAGAAAAUUACGAUUCGAAGAUGAAAUUCUGGAAGCAGAUGAUAACCAAUUACUGCGAACGUAAAGGAUCGGGACUAGUUUCAAUCGUUGAAUUGAAAAGAGUGUUCAAAAGAAAAGGAACUGUUCCGUAUUGCUUGCAGGCAGUCUUGGAUGACAUGCUGAACGAAGGACAUCUAAUGGGAAAGGAUGAGUUCAGAAGAGUGCCCCAAGAAAGUUGGACCGGUUGGGCGGUAGAUGUGCUGAUGAAGAGACCACUGGGUUGGGGAUUUGGUAAAGUCAAGGAGAAACUUGUCGGUAACAAGGUGGACGAAAGUGCAGAGUUUGUGUGUUUGGAUGUUAUAAAAAAACAAUGCGAUAUGCUGGAAAAAGUACUACAAGAAAAAAAUAAAUAUAACGUACUUGUUUCUUGGUCCGAUAUUGUUCAACUGGCCAAAAAUUCGGGAUUAACGGAAGAUGGUUUCGAUUUAGUACUUCAUUAUAUGGCAUGCAACCAACGUGUUUUCGUCGAAAAAAAUCAGACGGAAAACGAUGGCCAAAGGAAGACACUUCUCAAAUUUGCCGCUAUAGGUGCAAAGUCUCAACCGAUCACAGAUAUUGAACGAUCAAUUUUCAAUCUCGAACAGACGGAACACAACCUUAUGACGGUAAUAGAGAAGAUGGAGCAAGAUGUAGCCAGUGCAAUGUCCGUAGUAAAAGAAAAUAUUCGGGAAGGUAGAAAACAGGUCGCUAAAUCUAACCUCAAGAAGAAACAUUUGCUUGAAAGGAACCUUGAGAAAAAAAUGACUGUAUUGGAUAACGUUCAGAUCAUGUUAUCUAAAAUCCACGAUUCACAAAGCGAUCGCAACGUCAUCGAAGCGUACAAGAUCGGUUCAAAUGCGUUGAAGAAUGCCUAUGCAAAUUCUGGGAUUACGAUUGAUAAUGUUGAUGAUACGCUGGCGGAGAUGAAAGAAAUUAUGGACCAGCAUGACGAAAUGCAGACGAUGAUAGGCGCAACGCAAAAUACGGAUGUAGAUGACCUGGAAUUAGAACAAGAACUGUCCGAUUUGAUCGACAUGAAGUUAGCUGAAAACAAUAUCAUGGUUCAUCCUUUGACGGUGCCCGAAACACCGGUUUUACCGCCAGCUCCCCCGAGUGCACCUGUGAACAACACUUUCACUCAACCAACGGUCGCACAAUCACACAACUUCGAUACAGAGAUAGAAAAACGACUUGCAGCACUGAGAAUGGAUAUCCCAUCACCACCUUCCGAUACUUCAAUAAUUGGCAAUACUUCAAUGGAUAAGAAAAAUUUUGUUCCAUCCGCUUCUGGAUAACUCAUAACAACUGUGCUAGAACCAAAUCACGUUUUCAACUUAACAUUUUGUUACUUGUGGGUUUUAUGUUUUUAAUAUAAAAAAA